UUCACCAGGCAAUACUAUUUCCUUCGAUCGUCCCUCGUACACCGGCCAUGAGCGAAGGUGGUGGCGAUGGAACGGUGCGCCACAGGAAGAAAACUGCCGGCGAGGGCAAUAACCGGCCACGCAAAGCGAAAUUUACGUCGUCCGGUGGCUCGGGUGGCACAUCGCCAAGCGUGGCCCAGCAGCACCAAAUGUGGGCGCGAGUCGUACUGAUGGUGGGCAUUGCUGCGAUCGUUUACUAUACCACGUUCCGGACGCGGGAGAAAAAAUUUGCCACCCAACGGGAGGUGCUGGAGCUGCGCACCCAACCGCUCGACUGUUCGCGUCCGUACUUUGAGGAAAUUACCAAGUUUGCCGGCUGCAUACCGGCCCAGUGUGGUCGUUUCGUGAGCGAUAAAAUCGUUUCCGUGGCCGAAGCUGGCGUUCUUCUGGAUUUGGCGCGGGCUGGCUUCACACACGGCCAGUCGGCUGGCGGUGCCUCGAUACUCGAUCUUCACUCGGGCGCCCUCUCGCAGGGCACACAGUUCGUAAACAUCUACAAGCUGCCGGAGGCACGGCGCAUUUUCACCGCGCAGCAUAUCAACGUUUACCGGCACGUGAAAGAAAAGGUACAGCAAGCGGUAGCCGACCAGUUUCGGCUGCGGGCCGAUGCACUCCACCUGACGCAUCCGACGUUUUUCUCGCGCCUCACCAACGCCACCGCCAAAACGAUUCACGACGAGUACUGGCACACGCACGUGGACAAGGAAACGUACCGCUCGUUCCACUACACCACGCUGCUGUACCUGACCGACUACGGGAAAGACUUUUCCGGUGGUCGGUUCGUGUUUAUCGACAACGAGGGCAAACACAACCGAACGCACGUGUAUAUUGAGCCACGCAGGGCUCGCGUCAGUGGGUUCACUUCCGGCGCUGAAAAUAUGCACCACGUGGAGCAGGUAACGCGUGGCGUACGGUACGCGAUUACGAUUUCGUUCACGUGCGAUCCCGAGUAUGCGAUGGCCGACCCGAAGAUGGCACUCGAUGAUGACGAUGCAGCUGACGACGAGAACGGCGGCGCCACCGGAAGGGAUCCAGCGGACCGCGUGCCCGAUGGUGGCAGUUCGUCCGUUCCCUGAGAUAAGGCUGCGUACACUACGACCGUGUUGGUCAUUCGGACGCUAGAGGAGUUCAGUGCGUAGAAACAGAGAAUAGUAGACCGAGCCAUUUCCGUUUCCUUUCCCACUCUUUCCGCUACAUUCCAUCCAUUGUGCAACGUGCGGCGGCUAAACAUUCAGAAAACAAAUCCAGUAUUUUAUUUGUAGUACAGUUGGCCCGGCAAAUAACCUCGCUUGAUACUUGAUAUAAGACAAAACAUAAAAAAUAUCAUUACUAAGAAACAGUAAUCCGAUCAAAGAUGGCGCAUAUACACACCGUGGCUCGGAAAAGAUUCCAUCUAGAAGCCAGGGAUAACUAACCACUCUCCCUAAAGCAAUACGAACAAAAUGUAUGUAAUUUUAAUCUAGCGCACGCGUUGUUCUUGGACAAAGUAAAUGUAAUUUUGACACUC